AUGAAUUUCUUUAAAGGAGGAAACGAUGAACAAGAUACAAAGAAGGGAUUAAAAGAGAGUAAAAGAGAUUUAAACAAAUCACAAAGAGAUUUGGAUCGACAGAUAUUCCAAUUAGAUCAACAAGAAAAGAAUGCGAUUAUACAGGCCAAGCAACUGGCCAAGAAAGGACAAGAACAAAACGCGAGAACCAUAGCCAAGGAGGUUGUAAGAAUAAGAGCACAAAAGGAGAAACUACGAGCAAUGAAAACGACAAUGUCGGCAGUCUCUACAAAGACCACCGUCAUGAGCACAAACAAUUCAAUGAUGAAAGCAAUGGGUAAUGCCUCCAAAGCAAUGGCUGCUGCCAAUAGUCAAUACAACGUUGCUGAAUUACAAAAGACAAUGAUGGAAUUUCAAAAACAAGUUCAUCAUGCCGAUGUUACAGAUGAUAUGUUACAAGAUAUGUUUGAAGAUGAUGAAGUCGAUGAAGAAGCUGAUAGUGUAUUAACAAAGAUUGUCGAUGAGAUUUCAUUGGAUAACUAUUCGAAAAUGCCAGGUGUCAGUAGUGAAAGAUUGGCAUCUACUGAACGAUCAUCAUCUCGUGCUGAAGAUGAUGAGAUUAAUAAGAUUUUACAAGGUUUAUAA